UGUGAUCUCAUUUUUGCAGGACUCUAACCAGGAAACUGCAAGCGCACCUUUAAUCUCUCCAGCAAAAUGCCAAGCCAGCUUGAGAGUGCAAUGGAUGCACUGAUGACAGUUUUCUACAAUUACUCGGGACAUGAUGGAGAUAAAUACAAGCUCAACAAGGGUGAGCUGAAGGAACUCUUGAACAGUGAGCUCACUGACUUCCUCACGUCUCAGAAAGAUCCCAUGCUGGUGGAGAAAAUCAUGAAUGACCUGGACUCUAACAAGGACAACGAGGUGGAUUUCAAUGAGUUUGUUGUGUUGGUGGCAGCUCUGACUGUUGCCUGCAACGACUUCUUCCAAGAGCAACAGAAGAAAAAGAAAUAGGUGUCCAAAAAAACCCAAUGUCCAUCCACAUUUUAAGCUGUAGCUGAAUUGUGUCGUAGUUUUCCCAGAGCAUAGGAUUGUCAUUUGUGGAUGUAAAUGUAACAAUGUACAGACUGGAGCUGUUAAACAAUCACUUGAUCUCACAUCGACCUUGUCUUUUACAAAUUAUUUUAUUAUUUUUGUUAUAAAUAUAACUAGAAAAACCCUUUCCUUAAGCCCUCCAUGGUGUUGUUAUUGUUGAUUUUUUUGUGUAUGGAAGUGUUUCAUCCAAACCUUUGUGCAUAAAUGUGUAAUUGGUUUUCUUUUAGUUUAGUCUGCAAAAGAAAGAAUAGAAUAACUUACUGUUGAUUAAUUCAGAGGUAUUUUCCUUAAAAAUGAUAAUGUGGUCAUCUAAAAACCUUUCCUAAAUCCUUACAAGAUUUUGUUCCAACAGAUGUCUGGAAGUUUUAAAGGUCAUAUGUUCAUUUAAUAUGUUAAGGAUGCAAUGAACAGUUUCGCAUUUACUCUUAGCCUCCGUUCCCUAAGGGGAAUUACCUUUUCCUGGCACAAAAUUAGAGUCGUGGAAAAAUACGCAGGCCCACAGUGAUUUAGCCAAGCGUUCCCCUGUAAAAGGAAUAAAUGUCUCACUGCUAUAUGCCAUGUGUGGUAUUUUGUGCACUUUUGAACAAGAUUUGACUUCAGUGUUGUCUUUCAAUAAUUUCUUAUAUGGCCACAAA